AUGGGAUCAGCUUUACCGAUCUCAGAGGCCGCUAACCUACCCUCGCCACCAUUUGUCACAGUUCCUGGGAUAUACAAUUUUCGGGAUAUUGGCGGAUAUCCCAUUGAACGCUCUCCCAACCACUCAAUCCGAAGCAAUGUGGUGUAUCGUUGCGCUGAUCCGUCGAAAAUCACAGAAGAAGGAAUUGUUGUUGCCAAAGAACUAGGGAUUACUCAUGUCUACGACUUGAGGUCAAACAACGAGAUUGAGAGGAAUCAAGCUGCAGGGAGAGGCGGUGUCGUGCAGUGGGAUGGAUGCGAGAGAGUGUUUGCUCCCGUAUUCGAGGACAGAGACUACAGCCCUGAAGCUCUGGCGAGUAGAUUCAAGGACUAUGCAUCUGGUCGGCGAGAGAGAUUUACACGUGCUUAUACCGAAAUUCUCAACGGAGCACCGAAGUCAUUCAGAAUUAUUCUAUUGCAUCUUGCGUAUGAGCCAGAGAAGCCUCUGCUUAUCCAUUGUACAGCAGGAAAGGAUAGAACUGGCCUCAUCUGCGCUCUGGUCUUGUCAUUAUGUGGCGUAGAUGACGAAACCGUUGCAUACGAGUAUUCAUUGACAGAAAUUGGGCUCACAAAAGAGUGGCAAGACGCUGUAAUGGUGCAUUUGAUGCAGAAUCCUGCUCUCAGGGAGAAUCUGCAGGGUGCCAAGAAUAUGAUCUCGUCAAAGGCCGAGAAUAUGCUUUCAACGCUUGAGAUGAUCAGGGAGAAAUUCGGAGGCGCAGAAGGGUAUGCCAUUGAUAGAUGUGGGUUGGCAAAAGAGGAGGUUGGAUUGAUUAGAAAGAAUCUGGUUGUGGAGAAGCCUCCGCAUGCUAAACAGAACUUAUAG